UCGCGUUUUAGCCUGAUCUGAGGCGUAUAACACUACACCUUGCUGGAGCAUACUUUUUUAAAUAUUUUGACCAUCGUCUCGUGAAUAUUCUGACAAAGUGUUUGGAAGAGUGAAAAGACAUCGUCUGAAACUGAGUGAAGUGUAGAUUACUGGUCGCUGAACGCCUGUUUGCAGCGGGCUGAGGCACCGAGCAGGCUGGAGCUGGAAGCUGACAUCAGGAGCCAUGCGGCCUCUGCGGCCCCAGGGGCCAAACCAGUCAAGAUGCUGUUGGGAAGAUCGCGGUGUGACACGUCGCUGGGUUUGCUGACCCAGAAGUUUGCAAACCUUCUACAUCGUUCGGCAGAUGGAGUGUUGGACCUCAACUCCGUCUGCCGGGAGCUUAACACACAAAAGAGACGCAUAUAUGACAUCACCAACGUCCUGGAAGGAGUCAAGCUCAUCAAGAAGACCAAAAACCAGGUCCAGUGGUUGGGCGAGCACGUGGGUGAACAGAAGAACGGAGAGCUGAAGGCUCUCAUUGAGGAGGAGGAGAAGCUGGAUGAGCUGAUUCAGCGUUGCACACUGCAGAUGAACCUUCUCUGUGAGGACCGCCACUGCCAGAGAUACGCCUAUUUGACUUAUAAGGAUGUCAGUCAGAUUCCGUGGUUGAAAGAACAGACUGUGAUCGUGAUCAAAGCUCCUGCAGGGACUAAACUUCAGGUGCCGCAUCCGGAGGAGAGCUUCCAGGUCCACCUCAGUAGCGUCCAUGGACCCAUCGAAGUGUUCCUCUGCACGGACAAGCCCCUCUCUGUGGAAUCCCUAGCAGCAGCAGCUGCCGCGAGCAGCCACUUGGAGUCAGCCGCCUCUGGGAACGAUGUCUUCCUCCCGCUGCCUUUCUCCUCCUUCAUGCAGGCAUCUUCUAAACAGGAUACAAACAAUAGUUGCGGAGUUGACAGUUUCUCAAACCAACAGUCCCAGCUGACACAACACUCCCCCCGGUCUAGUUUCUCCUCCACGCCCAGCCCCCUCCAGCUUCCCCACGACCACGGCACUCCCCCUCCGCCCUUCUCUCUCAGUGAGGAGGAGUACCUUCUGGACCUGGCGGAGGAUGAGGGCAUCACAGACCUCUUCCCCAUGGACCUGGGCCAGUCGCCCAUGGACAUGUCGCUUCUCUGAGCAGGCGACGGAGGUCUGCACAAACCGGACGCCGAGUAGAUGCAAUAAACAAAGACAAAGUGUGCGCAAGUCUUUCUUUUGGAGGUACAUUUUCAUUGGCCUCACUGGGAUUUAUCAUCAUCUUUCCUGCAGACCGCGGAGGAGUGAAUGUCUUCUGUCGUGCAUUUUGUUUGUUUAGGACCUUUCAUCUAGUUUUCACACCUUUUUUGAUCAUUUCUCUCCAAAGUAUGAACAUAGCGGUCUAUAUUGUACAGUUCUGUCAUUCUGUGGUAGAAAUGUCUUCGUCUGCUGAGAUUCUGAUGAUUAUGUUUGUGCGUAUAUCCCAAAGGAACCUUGAGAGAUGGUGCAUCACAGCUGAAAGAUUUUGUAAUUGGAAUUAAGUAAUUAUUUUUCCUUUUUUUUUUUUUUUUAUUGCUUAAAGUUCCUCCAGAGAGUUAACUUAAUGCUUUUGUACUGGUUUUCAGAUGAUCUGUAAAUCUUGUUUUGUGUUACAUGGAUUAAUCCUAGGUUUUUUUGUUUGUUUGUUGUCGUGUUUCUGUCUCCUGCCCAGUAGUAUCAGCCCAGCAGGAAAUUGCCUUGUAAGCUAUUAAUCACGGUGGGAUUCUCCCUUUGUGACACUGUGAAGCGCUCUCAGCUUGGAAUCAUGCAGAUGUGCCUCGCCUUUCCUCUACAGGGUCUGUCCUGGAUUGUAGAACAUCAGAGACAGGUUGAUGCAUGUCAGGUGGGAUUGGUUGGCUGCUUCCACGCUCCUGUUGCUGCGCUUGCAGGCUAACUGCUUUGUUGCCGCGGCAGCUGACGGAGCGGUAACAUCAUCCUUCCAGACUCUACCAGUCAAAGGACUUGAUGUAUUUCAAGGCUGUGAAAAUGUGAAGAACUGUUUGUCACCACGGUUGGAGUGGAAUGGCUGUACUAUUAAAACCAUGUGGUGUUCACUUGAGCAUCUAUGAGAGCCCUUGAAAAUGAUUUGCAGCACAACAAGACUGUUUUUGUAAACUCAAACUGUUAUUUGCAUCUGAUGACAAUAGACAUGAACCAGGCCAGGAGGAGGUUCAUGUCGCCUAACGACUGAAUUAAAGUGGCUGAUGGAG